AUGCGCCUCUUUCAAAAAGAACACGUGUUCAAGAACGACUGGGAUGCAAUCACGUCGGCGUUUUGGGUGAAGUACCCGAAUGAGUUGCAGCCGCAUGUACUGCGAGUCGAUACACUGGAUCUUCAGAUUGAUUCCGAGAAUCAGCAAUUUGUCUGCCACCGCCUCCUUUCCCUAAGAUACCAAUGUCCCAAGUGGGUGCAAAAGUUCUUCGGGGCUUCACCUAUAGGUUUCGCCUUUGAAGAGGCGACUUGUUCCCUCAAGGAACGCAAAUUGACGCUUAGGUCUUGCAACUACACCUUUGCGUCCUUCUUUCGUGUAGAGGAGAGCUGCGAGUACACGCCGCAUCCUGAAAAUCCGCAACACACGCUCUACAAACAGACUGCUACGUACAAAGUCUCGGGCCUGGGGUUGCCUGUUAACAGAGCAGUAGAAAAUGCGGCGGUGGCUCAGGCAGCAGAGAAAUCUCUGUUGGGUGUCAGCGUAGUAGAGCGCCUUGGGGUAUUUUUGGCAGAGCAGCAGUGGCGCGAGCGCUGCAGCAACUGUCUGCUUUCUCUAGAAGAGGCAGCGGCAAGUGCUUCAAAGCAUGCCCAAGAAAAGUACAGGCAGCUGCGCAUGUGCGUCGAGCAGAAGCUUAGAGUAGGCUGCCCCCCAAGCGAAGUAAACAGAAGCAGCAGCGCUGCUUUCCUAGAGCCUACAGACGAUUUCGAGGCGCAGCAAAGGGCGCGCGAGACGUGUGGACGCACGGAGGAUGGGAUUCUCACGAAAUUCGUGAAGGGCACACCCGUCUCUUCAGCCGAACACAGCCACGAUAGUCUGGAGCAACAGGCACCAGCGUCUGCGCCGCCUGGUGGUCUGCAUGCGGCCUCCUUUUCACACACAAGGAUUCCCUUACGACUCUCCUCUGAGGAAGCGCUCUCAACGGGGAGUGCAGGCAAUGGGGGCCCUUCAAGUGCUGGCACCCUCAGGAGCGACGCUGAUGCCUCGAACAGCAACGGGGAUGUUGAAUGCCCCUGCGGCUUAAAUUCUCCGUCCGGCAGACAGCCAGCUCCCACGGGCACGUGGAAAGAGUUCAAAAAACCGUGGCGCGAGCCAGCUUUUGCUGAUUUCAAGGCUGCGGCCACUUACCCUGCUUCUUCCUCUUUGCCCACUGCAUCAAGAUCUGGGGCCAUUGAUUUUCCGCUUGUGACGCGGGAAGCUGCUACCGCAGCGCGAUGUCAGCAGCAGCAGCUGCCGCAGCAGAGCGGUAAGCAACAGGGAUCAGCAGCGGCGACAAAGAGUGCUGCCGCAUGGAGGAUACAAGCUGCUAUUUUCAAGCUUAGGGCCCCCAUGAACGCAUACGGAGAAGUGCGAAUCUGCCUAGCUUUUGUCUUCUUUAUGGCGCGGUCUGCUUUUCGUAUUGGGUCGCCUUUUAUGGAUACAAACUUGUGUCAGUUUCUCCAGACGUAUGCCGACAGACUUCGCAAACUGAGAGGCACACUUAUGCAGUCUGUCAAGCCCCCUCUUUAUUUAGUGCGAAAUGUAAAUCUUUUAGUAGAGACAUUUAGCCGACUUCGCGAAGCCGUGGCAGCCAGUGCUGUUGUUGCUGCUCCCCCUCAUCCCCGGCUUCCAAGUCAGACUGUGGCACUUUGUGGUGAUUCAUCUAUCUUGGGGUCACGGUACCCGGCUACAGCUGAUGGGGCACCAUCUGCUGAGCUUCAGGCUUGCUCAUACAGCCUUGUUCGUUCGUGUAUAACCCCUAUUUUACCUCACCCUGGCGCCCCCCACCCCUCCACACACAAUGGUCGAUGCGAGCUACACCCCUUACCUAUCAUUCCCGUGUAUAAUACAGAAAGUCACAAUCCACGCUGCUGGCCAGACACAGCAGAAUGA